UGCAAAAUCUCUACUGUGCGCACAACUCAAGGUCAUCGAGGUGAUAAGGAAAUGAAAGAACAGCAAAGAGAGGUUAAAGAAUGUUUUUAUAUGUAUUUGUGAAUAUCAAGAUGAUUUCAUACACUCCGAUAAAUGGCAUGCAGAAAUUCAUUGGAAAAUUUGUUGGUUAGAACACCCGCCCACCUCCACUCUUCUCUAGAUUCUGAUUAUAAGAUAUGGCUUAGUACCCGAAAAGUUGACAGAACUCUCCGGAAACGAGGGCUGACCAUCGGUUAAGUGCAAAAUAAGGGAUUUUACUAUUUAACCUUACUUUAUCCCUGCUACAAUACACUACAAAUGAUCUAAGGAAUUUCCACGAAGCACAGAACAUCACUUUUCUUGUGCUCCUAUUGAAAUUUUUAGUGAUAUCAAACUUGCAUAAGUUAACGAUGCUGUAGCAAUGCCUUUGGAUGUCAAUUCACAGCUAAACGAUGUUGUUGAUACUGUCCCAUUGAGUACAAGCAGUAACAAGGAAACAUCGAAAACUGUGGACACAAGGUAAUACACUAGGUUAAUAUGUGUUGGUCAGUUUUUACUUUUCCUAUGAGUAAACUCUUUUGUUUAUAUUUAUUUAAUCAAAAAAUAGCGUGAUUUACAAUCCUAGCGGCAAGUAGUAUAGCUUAAUUCAGGCUGAUAGAGCUCAGCGACUGUUAAAAAGUACAUUAUUUUCCUGGCUUUGUAGAAACCAAGAUAUUAUCCAUCAAGAGAAUGAUUCGGCUCAGGAUUCACCCGUCACGCCUCCUCGAGGUAAUUUUUUCUGUUGUUUCAUUCCUACCUUUAUUACAGAACACCCUAUCUAGGGUAUUUGAGGGGUAUAAGCUUCCGUCCCAAAAUGCACAGUUUCCCCCACAAAGACCCACAAAUAUAUUGUUAUCAUUACAGUAUAUAAGUAACUACAGUCGACUCCCGAUAAUUCGAGCGUUCAAGGGAAAGGGAAAAUAGUUCGAGUUACCGGGAGUUCGAGUUAUCGAGGGUAAAAUUAUACAGAAAGCGAUCUCAAGGGAAACGUAAAUUACUUCGAGUUAGCGGGAGGUUAGAGUUAUAGAGGGUUCGAGUUACCGGGAUUAGACUGUAUAUUGGAAAAAUUAUUCAGACGCGACGAGCUCAGCGCACAUGAACUAAGUAUUCCCUGUCUAAGGACAGUAUAUGACAAGGAAUAUGAUCACAACUAAAAAAAAAAUAAAAUACCACUGUAACAUCUCUCAAAAUUGUGUCUCAAAAUGCACCAGAUUCCAUCUCAGCGCACAUUAAUUUCAAAAAAUUUCCAUGCCCCCGGAUCCCACUAGAAAGCCCGUAGCCUUCGGCCACUCGGGAGUUUUCCUCCAAACGAUAAACCCUAGAUAGAACCCUGCCGUAUAAAACAUAUCCCCUAGGAAGGCUAGUCAAACUGGCUCAAAGUACAUAAUAGGGCAAUUAAGAUGCAAACUGUACCAUUUACACUGCCAUGUCUUACUUAAAGACGCGCUUACCUUGGACGCACACAUGUGUGAGUGUUGCUAUUGGUAACCGCAAUCCAACAAAUUAAAUUCAGCUUGAUAGCCAAUAGAACGAGGCAUUCGUUUAACGUAAGACGAGAAGGUCAUCUUUACGAGGUUUUCUUCAUCUUAGCUAAGAUGGGCUUUAUCUAAGAACUAGCGUUACGGGCUGUUCUCCGUUUAUACGCGAAGUUCACGUCUAAUGUAAAGGUGGAUUUCCACUGUCGUGUAAUUUUUACGUGCGUAAGCAUAAAGUAGAGGCAAUGUAUGGAAGUUGAACCCCGCUCAAUUUCUGCGUUUACGGACGGCCUUUCGUACAUUGUCUCUAUAAAUUCUAUUUACGCACGUAAAAUUUAACGUAUUUUCCUACUGUAGUCAUCAUGAAAUCUAAACAGUGAGAUGGUAAAUAAAUAAAUGAAUGAAUGCGUCAUAUUUUCUUCGCGCUGUAUCACCUUCACAAAUAAAUGGUCAAAAAUAAAUCACAGGGUUCAUCAAUAAACGUCCUUGAAAAUACUUCCUGUUAGUUUCUUGAGCUCUGAAGCUGGUGGUUUAAACCACCGAUUUUUUGGCGCAUUUUCUCUUAUGACGAAGGCUGAGAUUUCCCUGCAUAUAUAGGCCAUGAAAGGUAGUAUACCCAGGGCUAUCAAUAAGAAGACCCAAUGGGACUAUCAUUUUGGCUUCUUGUAUCAUCGUCCUUUUCUUUAUACGCUUUUUAAACUGUUCUUGUCGCUGCCUUCUGGUGCAAAUCUUAACAUCGUUCCCAGUAAACAACGUUCAGGUUCUUGGUCAAACUGAAAAUGGGUCAAAAUGCGGUGUUAAAAGCAUUGGCCUAAUUCAGUCUUUUUACUGAACCUGUCUAUGGGUAACAACUAGUAACUACGAUCACCUAAAAGUCAGUCUUACGUGUUAGUAUGGGAAGGAGCAAAGAUGGGGAUUAGAUUUUACAUUGCCGAUCACGUAUUGGUUGCUUUUUCAAAUGUUGCAGAAUUUCGCGAUCCAGUUGUUGGAGUAUGUGGUCUGGAGAAUCUUGGUAACACUUGUUUUGUGAAUGCUGGCUUGCAGUGUCUCUUCAGUGUAGCCCCAUUCUGCCGAUUCUUUUUAGGUUUGUGUUCUUUGACUUCCCUGCCUGAGCCAAAUGUAGCUAAGUGUUGUUUAACUUGACGAAACAUUUGCAGACAUUUUACUUCCUUUAUUGUUUAGGUGGGGGCCACAACACAGUAACUCAUAAGAGCUAUAAAGAAAAUCAGGUAAACCUAGAGUUAAAAUCUUUCAAACUUUAGAGACGAUCAGUACAUUCAUCAUAUUAUGCUGUUGACUUUUGUUGCCAAUCCUCCUCUCUUUUUCGAUACCCUGAAGUGUUUCGAGAAAUUCUUCAGUAUUACCAAGUGGCGUUGCUAAAUCUUCCACAACAUACCUCUACGUCGUUAUGUGUAGGAUCGGUGGUCUUAACUCCUAGCAUGUCGGCGUUCUGAAAAUAGUCUCGUCUGCCCGGUCGUCCGGUACAAGUAGAUUUUCAUGCAGUGGGACAAGUAAGUUUUUUGAGCUCAAUGCCCAGUGGUCAAAGGUCCGAAGAAGUCAUCUCGUGUAACUAGAUUACCUACUAAGCAAGCAAUGGUCUCUGGGCAAGGAAAAUGCGAGAUCUUCUUUUCCAAAGAAGAGGCUGCAAUUAAACUUUUUCCAAGCUCUGGACGUCUAUCCCUUUGCCACUACAUUAAAAGUACAAGUUGAAGUGGCUUCUUUGUUAUCUUUGGUUUCAGGUUUCUCUGAGUAAGCACUUGGCUGAUUUAGUUAAGAAGGUUUGGAGUGGGUGCUAUCUACAGUGUGAUCCUAGUGAGCUAUAUAAAGCAAUAACUGCGCACUUUCCUACUCAGCUUAACAGGCAGAGACAGGUGACAGAAAAGUCCAUAAUAUUUUCUCUCUUUUUUUCAGGGGGGAGGGAAGGAUGCAGUACUUCUAUUUUUAUACUCUAUAUCUAUUAAAAAUGUUUUAUAGGAAAUUAUUUCUAUUAGGAAGAGUUACUGUAUUGCUAAUUGUUCUUGUUUUUUCAGCAUGACUGUCAUGAAUUUCUUGCACUAUUUCUUGAUGGACUUCACCGGGAACUCAACUCUUCAACCUUACCAUCGUUAUUUCCUGACCAGUCUGAUAACAAUGUUAGCGCAGAAGAGAAGUGGAGGUAAGAUGAGGUAUUUAUUAACUAAUUCCAACCCUAUGGUAAAUCCUUGCAAACGAAGUGGAGUCGUACAAGCGCUACGAAUUUUUUAGUAGUGAACGGUCAUUCAUUUACCCCACCCCCAACCUAAAUAUGAACAACUUUUAAACCAAAGUCCUUCAGUGUGUAACACAGAUCACUAUAGCACAAAUUCAGAGUGAAGCUAACAAUGUAAACACCUUGAAAAUAGCUGAAUAAAAUGCCGUGGAAUUCGUGUAACUCGGCUUUAUGCAACUUGUUUAAUGCUUAUUGUUGUGACUUUGCAUUAAAAGAACACAAGUUUUAACAGCUUUACAAAGUUUUAGUUCUAGAGUUAGAAUAAGUCUAAGGAUGGAUUUCUAACUUUCGCGUAAUUUUUACGAGCGUACGCGCGUAAACUGUACCGUGACAUGCCGAAAUGGAAUAGGGGCGAUGUAUGAAAGGCAGCGUGUAAAACGUAAAAGUUGAACGAGAUUUAACUUUUUACGUUUACACACGACCGUCCAUGCAUUACCUCUACUUUAAUUACGCGCGUUUGUAGAUCAACCUUAAGGCAUAGUAUACUGUAAAUUUCCGCUUAUGAGCACUGGCCUUAUACAAUUUCGUCAGGGGUUUUAGAGAGCUUAUAAUUAGAGGAAUUAUAACCGGACUAAGAAAAUAACGUUUGAAAACAAGCUACUUAGCAUUGCUGGUCAAAAUACGAAUUCAUUUCAAUACAAGCUAGAGGGGGGCUUAUAACCGGAUUUAUUUUUUGUCUUCGAGGUAGAUAGAUAGAUAGAUAGCUUAUUAAAAAUAAAUAAAUAGGCAGCCUGGGCUGAAUUGGGUAUUUACAAAUAAAACUAAGCUAAAAAUAGAAUAAUUUACAAUACACCAAUAUUAAAAAUAUUAAAAAUUCAUGCAUAUAAUAUAUAAAAGCAUUCAAACCGAAUCAUUUAAUUGUACUUUAGGCAGGAUGACGAAAUAAAAGUCUUCUUAAAAAUGUCUUCGCGUAGAUGGGCCUAUAAAUAGCAGGCUUAUAAGCGGGAGUUUACUGUAUUUUUUACAAAGAAAAUAUUUCCACGAGGUAAAGAAGGGUGGGUGAAAAAUUAAUUUGCCAUUUUCCGCUGGCGUAACCUCUCAAAAUGAAGAGAAAAAAGUAUGGCAAUUUGUUUGUUCAGCCAUUCAUACAGUAACGAUAUUUUCAGACAAUACACGAUGAGCAAUGAAUCUCUUAUUGUGGAUACUUUUCAAGGGCAACUUCAGAGCAAGGUGAGUCUUCUGUGGGUCACGGUCCAAAGCUGUUCACAUAUGUCAGACAAUACUACCGUCUCAAUAAGUUUAUUCAGUUUGGCUUUGAAGAAUUGCAAAGUACAUCACUAAUAAAUAGAUUUAGCUAAGGCUAAAGGCGAAGCUUCCGUUAAUCAUCUACUGCACACAAUAAACUUGUAACUACAGUGGAAGCUCUCGGGAGUGGAUACCCUCUUGACGCAAAAGGGUGUCCGUAACUGGGGCUGGCCGUUGACAGGAAUGUAAAUAUACAGAAUUUGCAUGGGAGUUAAGAAAAACGAGGUUUUGUGAAGUAGAGCUGUCCGCUUCCUGAGUGUCCAUUUGGAGAACCUCUACCUGUAUUGCAAAUCCGCCUGGAGUUGAGCCUGCGAUUAGUUGAAAAAUAGUGACUUAUCAGCGGAUAACAUAAAAAAAACUCGCCACCUCGAUGUGUCGACACCUGAAACCGCGAUACAGUCAUGUGAUACUGGUCAGUGGGUGUCAAUUGACCAAAACAUGGAUGUGCAAUAUCAGGUUGCAGGCUCCCACACCAGACAUAAGGUGUGACAUUUUACAUCAGAUGCCCUGUGGUGCGGACGGACAGAUGGACGUACGGUCAAGUGACUACCAAAAUUUCUCGGAUAUUUACUUUGCUUCGCGGGGCUGCGUUCGCGUGCGCGUCGAGCACCGCUAUCAUUUCUUUAGUGCAUUUCCAUCAACUUAUGUUUGGAUCCACUUUUGUCUUCUCAGGUCACUUGUUCUAACUGCAACCACGAAUCAGUUAAAUAUCAGCCGUUUACUUUUCUUUCUGUUCCAAUCUUGAGUGAAUCAUAUCACACAUUUGGUAAAUAUAGUUAUUUUAAUCUAGAUCUCUUCAACCGCCAGUGUUUUAAGUGACUGGGGUUUCAAUAAUAUAAAAAAAUUUCAAUCAUAAGUCCACCCUUCCUUAAUAUACAGCUCCAGGAGCCGAUCGGCUCCUUGCAGCUCUAAGAAGGGGUACAUUUAGAGCUCACGUAGUAUUUUCUUUAGAUAAAAUGCUAAAAUGAUGAAAUGACUGUUAAGGCGUAUAUGUCUAUGUCUUGGGUUAAGAUAGUGAAGAAUUGAUGAAUAAUUAACCUAUGUAUUUAUUUUGCUUUUCUUAGUUGUCACAUGGGUCUACAGCUACACCCCGAACACAAGUCAAGGAAACACGUUGUCAGCAGUCAGGUAUGUUUUACUCUCAAACCAAGCAGAAGCGUGCUAUCAUUCUUGCUCCAGAAGUGCGUUCUGUAAAUAUAUCAGAGGUGUAAUUUAACCAAAUCCACUCGUUGGUUAGUUUGCAGCUUAACAUUAUUUAGCAAUAGGAAAGAACCUCGGGUAUCCAGGGUCAGUAUUCCUAGGCGGCCAAUUUAAAAAUAAAGUUGCCUGUUUCAGGCUCUCAGAUAGUACGGAUAACGUUAGCCUGCGAUCAUACCCUCUCCCUUUAUCUCCGUAAUCUGUUUUCUGUUUUCCCUCUUAAGCCAAAGAAGCAGAGAAGCAAAAAAAAAAAACCGCCUGAUCUGGGGUUAGGAUAACGCGUAAGUGAAAAGCACGCGAAAAUACGAGAGCGUGAUCUGAGCAAAAGGGGGCGGUGGCAGGAAAAAGAAAGGAGAUCCGUCCUUCCUCUCCCCAGUUUCCUCCCGUUUUAUUUUCGUUCGCAGACCCGAUUAUCUCGGAGCCUGUUCUAAGACGCAUGAUUGACUAUUCAUACAAUGCGUCUGAUAAAAGAAUCAAAAUUCAAGCCUUAAGAGCCCAUGACUGUAAAUAUCGAGAAUCGCUGGCCAGGCUAAAAAAAUCGAACAUUCUGAUUAUUUGUCAGAAAAACCCCUUUGGGGAACUAUCUUCGAAAAAAGUAUUUUUAACUUUCAAGAAUCUAUAGUGUUCGAGAAAAUGAGGAAAAACGAAAAUAGCGGUUUUUACCUAAUUAAUUAUGCAAAAAUUAGGGUAAAAAUGGUCUACUUUAUCACGUUGGUACCGAGGCAAGAUUCAAAGCUAUAAAACAGAAAUAUUUUUGUUUAAAAGCAUUUUAUCUUUUUUUCUAUCCAUGGUAUGUUUUAAACCAUAAACACGAUUUUGAAUUUUUUACGGUUUUUCUAAAACUACAACCAAGCGCACUUUUUAAAAUGGGUAAAAAAUGAGCAACUUCAAAGGCAAAAAACUCACCUUGGUAUAUGUGAUACCUAGCCAAAAUGUAUACUAGGACAAAGUUCAGCUCUUAUAUUAACAGAAUAUGAAAUAAAAAUCUGGGUACUCCGGAUUCGCCUUUACAAAAUAAACAGUUUCGUGACCACCAGUGGCAAAAGGUCACAAAUUUGCAUAAGUCAAAUUUGUAAAGAAAUGUUGCGGCAGCCGGUUUUGUUUCAGUUCAAGGUCAGUAUGUGAUGUUCGGAAACAUCACGAAGCAAGAAAACGUUUUUUGAUAAAGUUUAUGUUAAAAUAUCAGAGUAAUUAACCGUUCACAAAAAAAAAAAAUAAAUAAAAAAAACGAACUCGAAGAAGCGUUAUGUAAAAGCGCCGGACUAUUAUGUAAACUAUAUCCCAUGUCUCUGUUUUUUUUCCUAACUUCCUUGUAUUAGCAUCCAUCUGUAUCAUCUUAAAUUCGCCUCUGGUAUAUCUAAAAUAGGUAGGUACAUUUUCCUUGAAAUUUUGUUUUGAAGGAGGUUUUUUGCGAACGGGAUACAUUUCGACUCGUGCGAGGAAGUCAUAAACUAAGAGUUAGAGUAACAAUGUCACGCAACGACGUCUCGAGCAGCUCCGCCUUCUUUUACUGAUUUUUUUCUCCUUAUGAAAUUCUAUGGAAACUUUGUUUUGAACAGGCAAUGCGUUGUUCGCAACAUCAUUUGUUUCUCGUUUUAUUUUAUUUUCAGAAAGAAGGGAUACUAAUUUUGCAUGCCUGUCAGUCACGCACUAAAAGUUAGAAUUUUCUUGACAGAGAUGUUGAAAUCUGAUUUUUUACUACGUAUUACAAACAACAAACCGUCCCUUGAUUUAUUUAUUUAUUUUUUUUACUUUUCCACAAAUAGAGGUAUAAUUAAGCAGCUACCAAAGGCCCUAGGAAACAGCUAAGUUAUCGUAGUUCAUGAGUUCCAGCGGUUUCUCUCCUCCGAAACGAAUCCGAAACAUCUUUCCCGCAAAACUGCCCUUUUAGGUCAUCUCGAGUUGUAUCACCUGCCAAGGGCGUUUUCCUUCAAAUACAAAAUGAUAUUUGUUCAGUGAUUUCAAAAUAUAAUGUAGCAGCGCCUUAGUGUGUAAAUCUAUACGCGCAACUCAUGAAACAAAGCAAGUUCCAACCGACGCCGCCGAAGGACUGGAAAAGGAGACUACAGUCGACCUCCCGAAAGCGACCACCCAAAAUGCGAAGACUUAGUGGUCGCUAACGGAAGGUGGUCUCUUACGAGAAUCGAACCACGGAGGGUUCUUUGAGAAGAAAACCGGACACAUCUACUUUAAGGAAGAUAAUUUAUUGCAUGCAAUUUCCAAGUUACGAUAUGUGCAGUUCCAUGUUGAUGUUGUUUCUACCACAAGGGAUCGCUUACAAGAGUUUAAAAACAAUGCAAAAUCAUUAAACCGUCAGCCCCAAUUAGUGGUCGCUGGCGCUUGCAGGAGAGAUUCCAGCUGGAAGACUUAAACUGGGUGGGUUUUAGUGUUUUGGAUAGGUGGUCGCUUAAGGGAGGAAGUCGCACAUGGAGGUUCAACUGUACUUCAACAGAGUAAAUCCCUUUCACGACGAUGCGACUAGGAUUUGUCCAUGGAAGAUAAGACUCCUUGUUCACCUCUUUUGAGCUGCUCUAAUCAACUCCCACCCAUGUCGAGUGCUUGCUCCCACCCAUGUCGAGUGCUUGCAAAACGUAGCAUCAUCUUGAAAAGAGAAGUAUCAGAAAGGUCAUCCUUGACGCUCCUGGCAUAUAGCAGUAUGCGCAACGAACUUGUAUCGACGUAAGUACCUUUUACUAACCGGGCAGUAAGGUGACGCAGAGUAAAAGCGUAACUUGACUACAAUUUUGAGUUUACAACAGACCCGAGUUUUGUUCAAAGAAAUGUCUGCUUUUGCUCAGGAGUAUUAACGUCAGUUCCCGUCCCAGCUCGCGCCUUCACAAAGGAACGUCCGAUCGAAUUAUUAUUUAGUUGAUAGCUACUCUUCUCUUCCUCUUCCCAACUUAUUUAGGAAGAUCAAAGGGCCUCUGCUCGCAGGGCAGUUGAUAGCGACUAAGGAGCUAAAUAACAUAACGAGGCAAGUAAGUGGGAUCGGCGGUUUUCUUUACGCCUAACCGUUUCCCAAAGUAAAGAAGGAAAUAGCUUCAGACAAAAGGGAAAGAAGACCCCAAAUCGAGGCCCUAUGUGGCGAGUAUAUUUGUUGCUUUAGGCUGAUUCUGUGCUAAAGUCAUUACUUACUGCCUUUACCCAGUCAAAAAAUGUUCAGUGUAGAGUUACAUGUGGGGUAUGAAGAAGAUAUCAUUUUAUAAGAAAGCACUAACCAAAAAUAUCUUUUUGGGUGAUACAUUUAAACUUGAAAAAGAUGGCCCAUUUUUUUCAAUUUUCAGUCCAUGUCCAUCCUGGCCAUCAGUAGCAACAGACCGUGCCUAAAUAUAGUCUUACAUAACAAAACUGGACCAUUAUUUUUGAACUGAAUUGAUGUGAAAUGAAGACCAUAUUAGGUUUUUAAAAUGAACUAGCAAAUAGCUUGGCAUAGCCCCUUUAACUCUUUUUUGACGGCCAAUUUUAGUGGAAGAAAACCCAGCCUUUUUGGACCGGUUUUCAACCAGUGAGUAGCCUGGAAAACAGGCCUUAUUUUUUCGUGUUUUUGCAGGCGAGCGAAGGCAAGACAAGCGCGAUGGGGAAGACGCAGAAAAAACAACGGCCUGUCCACAUACUAUUGUUUUGUUGCAUUCCGCCCCAGACCUACCCCUUAAUGACGCUCCUCACGCUGUUCGCGCUUGCAUUCGCUCCGGCUUCGGGCUUGCCUUCGCUCGCCUGAAAAACGCACGCCUGUUAUGCAGGCUAGCAGGAGCCGAUUACUGAGGCUAGCCAGUUAGCAUGAUGUGGGAAUGGCUGAAAAAGAGAUUUGCAACACAAGACUGCUAAAUUGGACGUACACUAAUUUAGAAGCUUUUUUGGCGCAUUCAUAGAAGCCAAAAUUUGGACGUCUCUUACGAACCUAUAUCGAUCUUUCUCUUCCGCUCUCUUUUUUCCCUUUGCCUUUCUUCUUAAGCACCUUCAAAUAUAGGUCCCCAAACUUGUAACGCAAAAAACCGUCCGUUAAAUCGCCCCUCCAUAUAUAAGCCCCCCGGGGCUGCUACUUGGAAAUUGCCCUCAAAUACAAGGUAAAACAAAGCAAAAACGGUAAAUUUCCUUCCAACUGUAAGGUUAGCCCAAUCGAUUUUGAAACACAAAAUUCCCUCCAUAGAUUAGCCCCUCUGAAUAUAAGCCCCUCAAAAAGGGCCUUUGAAAAAUAUAAGCCCCGGGGCUUAUUUUCGGAAUUUUACGAUAUUCUUGGUUAAAAAAAAAAAAAAAAAAAAACACCAAAACGACCCCAGUGCAGUACUCCCUCCAUCUGAUUUCUUUUUUCUAUUGAGCGUUCAAUGAAGGUUUCAGCUAAUCAAUGGCACAAUUACGGGUCGGUCCACUUGGCGAUCUUUGACCAUCUUUGGGUGUUCGAAAUCAUGUCUGGACUUAAUAGUGUUGAACGCACGAACAGUGAAGAGGCAGACAGAGGAGGUGGAAGAAUUUCAGAAAAGAGAGAAAAGGGGGCAAUGAUUACUUUAAUCUUGUCUUUACUUACGUUAUUUUUAAUAAGCGAGACUUGACAAUUUCACCAAAAUAUAACUUUGAAAAACUUCUAAGAUAAUUAACUGUUUCGGAUUUUUAUUGAUUGAAAACUUACGGUCUGAUGUAUAGUAUUAAUGGCAAAUCCCCUAAAAUGCCUUGAUGAAUGAACUAUCGGUACCAUAAAAGCAUGUGCCCACUCCAAGAAAGAUGUAUGGCUACGAAACUCAUUUAGGUGAAUUAAACAAAGUUAAGUCAUCUAACAUGAAUAAUAUUUCUUUACACACUUCAUAACCUCACAUUUUUUUAUCGUACCGGUAAAAAUAAAGUGUGACUGUGCUGAGUUUGGCAACGGUCACGCAAUUGCAGAAUACAGUACUCCAACACCCGAACACAAUUUGUGAGCAAUCUUAAUUUUGUAAUGUACAAUUAAGAAGAGCUAACAUACUAAUUAAAAAACAUUUAACAUUAGCUAUUCUCUUGGUUAUGCUAUUCUUAAGCCUCAAAUAUUGCGUGAUGCUGACAGUUACGAUAGGAAUAUGCCGAUGCAUUAUGCAAAUUUGCCACAUUGUGUCACCAACCUUCACAGCUAUUUGUUAUCAGGGAUAUCAAUUUUUCUGAUCCUUUACUUAAUUUUAGCUUCAUUUAAAGGCGCUUUCAUCCUUUCUCCUACGUUUCGAAUAUACCAUGAUCCGAAACUAGAAAGAGAAGUCAGGCGGCAUCAUUUCUCCACAAAUUUGACUUAUGCAAAUUUGUGACCUUUUGCAUUGGUGGUCACGAAACUGUUUAUUUUGUAAAGGCGAAUCUGGAGUACCCAAAUUUUUUAUUUCAUAUUCUGUUAAUAUAAGAGCUGAACUUUGUCCUAGUGUACAUUUUGGCUAGGUAUCGCACAUACCAAGGUGAGUUUUUUGCCUUUGAAGUUGCUCAUUUUUUACCAUUUUAAAAAGUGCGCUUGGUUGUAGUUUUUAAAAAACCGCAAAAAAUUCAAAAUCGUGUUUAUGGUUUAAAACAUACCAUGGAUAGAAAAGAUAAAAUGCUUUUAAACGAAAAUAUUUUUGUUCUAUAGCUUUGAAUCUUGCCUCGGUACCGACGCGAUAAAGUAGGCCAUUUUUAAUCUAAUUUUUGCAUAAUUAAUUAGGUAAAAACCGCUAUUUUCGUUUUUCCUCAUUUUCUCGAACACUAUUAUAUAGAUUCUUGAAAGUUAAAAAUAUUUUUUUCGAAGAUAGUUCCCCAAAGGGGUUUUUCUGACAAAUUAUCAGAAUUUUCGAUUUUUUUAGCCUGGCCAGCGAUUCUCGAUAUUUACAGUCAUGGGCUCUUAAAUACUAUUGUCUAACAUUCUUUGUCUCAACUACUCUUUGAUAAUGUUUUGUCUUUGUUAAAGGUGUCUUUCUACUCUUGUAGGACUGCACAACCUAGUCUCGGCUUAUUUUGUAUUUCUCAGUCCAGGUCCAUCUUAGUGAACUCUCUUUUUUGCGGUUGUUUCAUGGGAUCUAAUGAAAGAAAAAGGUAAAGUGAUAAAGUAAAAUACAUUUUGUUUUCUGUCGUAGAUAUAAAGUCCAAGUGACCAAACCAAGCACCGUACUUAAAUUAAAAAGCAACUUCCUUUCCCUGCUCACAGCUGAGAAGGAGACGCCACAACUAAAAGACAUCGUGGUGUGCGUGGUGAGAAACAGCCAAAUAAUCUCGAUCAUGGUGAGUCCGUUUGCUGCUUAAAACAUCCGUUUUGUGAGUUCUGUGCGGUUCAGAAGGUUUUACGGUCAUCUUCGUGAAUUGGCAAGGAAAAAAACAGCUUGAAUAAUCUAACUUAAUCUUCAUUUUUUUUUCUUUUACGACUGAAGGAGGACGGGCAACAAUUAACGCCAUUUACCGACCGUCGCAGUAAAUUGUAUAUAGUUAAACCUUGCCAGGUACCCGAGUCUCCUUCUGUGCAAGAAGACGAAAAAAGCACCUCAUUGUCUUGCCUCGCGGGGAGAGACUCCACCGUGUUCUAUUCACCUGACGUUGCCAACACCCCAGAAUUUAUGUCAGCACUUGAUGAACUUCAAAGUGUGUCUUCACCAGUGAGUAAAAACCAUCUUACCAGACUGGUGAACCCUGAUACCAGCACUCCAAAGACACCUGGACAGAGAACACGUGCAUCAAUAUCAAAUGUAUAUCAUUUAAGUGGCACAUGCUGUAUCUGUUUGGAGGAAAAAAUAUCAGAUAAUGAACUCAUUUCACACGACAAGUGCGGAAGUUUGUUUUGUCGCCAGUGUCUACAGGUAGGUACAAACCAACCUUGGAAUUGUUGAAUGAUGGGUUUAAAAUUCAUGACAUUGCCUCCUGAUCGUGGUGUCAUGUAAGAUAAUGAGAUCACAUGCUGAAAGAAAAAAAGAGGAGCAACAGAGCAUUCGUAACAGAGAAUUCGGGUAAAAUAUCUGCCCAACCCUUUCACGAUCAUUCACAUUAUAUGUAAAAUUCUUCAGAUGUGUGUGGUACUAAGUACGGUUAAAUCAAUAUUGUGAUUACCGGUGGAAGAAACUUUUGCACAAAAGACCUGGCCGCUCUUAAUUAUUCUUUUGAAUUUAAUUUUUAAACAUUUUUGAGACUGGAUUGCAGAGAGAUUGACAAGGUGCAAGAAGAUAUAUUUAUGUGCAUCAAAAUUUUUUUUUUUGUGGCAGGAUGCUGCGGGUGGUGCUGUUGAGAAUCAUUUGUGUUGCCCGGUAAGUGCCCUGCAAAUUCUACAAUGCACCACCUACGACUCGUCUGUGGUGGUAGUUGGGUUGUAUUUCCAUGGGUUCUUUCUUGUGAUGACCAUAGCUUGGUUGUCUUACUUGUUCCUAAUUGCCAGAUGACAAGAAUCGCAUAUUGGGUUGAUCCUUUUGGUAGACACUUUGCAAUAAAUGUUUUUUUUUACUAACGAAGCAAUCCUUGCUUUGACGUCUAAAAGUCUUGAAAAGUUAGUAGGUUUACAAAGACUUUCUACGUGGUGUUGGCCUUUUUGUACUUAAGUACAGAUAAAACGACUAUCCAACUACCAAGUCAGAAUUUUACCUCUGGCAGAAAUAUAUUCUCAGUUCACCAAUUAUGACAUUUUAGAUGAAAGGCUCUUAUUAAAUGUGGUAUUUUUACCUUUUAAUCUGAGUAUGGCAGCCGUGCAGGCCGCUUGAUCUUUGAACGCUUUGGAACGGCAUACCAUUGCUGGCCAUUUUAGGAAACUUCGAUGACUACCAGUUUUUUGUUUGUGCUUGUUGAAACGUAUUGUUUACUCCGACAGAGAUGCGCUAAACAAGCAGCAGUCACUCUGUCGCGGCGUGAACUGGAACCUGAUAAACCCGCGAGGUAUUAUUAUUCAAUUGCUUACGCCCAGUUCCUUAGAGAUGGAAAGAAAAAUUUUCAACAAAUUUAUAUCUUACAGGAUCAUGUACCUCAAUAAAUCAAUCAAUUAAUCAAUCAAUCGAAAUUUUUUGUAUUUUAAAACACUUUUAUGUUAGCACGUACGUAUUUAGCUCACUAGACGUUACGUGGAUAAAUAAAUAAUCUAACUGGAUCUUACUUAGUUAUAACGCUUUCCAAACUGCAAAAUCCAAAACGGUCUAUACCAAAUUAACCCCAACCAAGAAAGUUUCCCUCAGCUGCUUCAGCCAAUGAAAAGACAAACCAAUCAGCUUUUUGUAAAAUUUUAGCUUUGCCAUAAAUUUUUUUGAAGGGGGUUUAGGACUGCAAAGAUGAACUUCAUCAAAUCAGUUAACUUCGUGGAAAAAUCUCAAUGGCUGUUGAUGGUCAAUUUGGUGAAACUUUGUAUCCUUUGAUGGUUAGCAUUUGUUUUUUAUGUAUCAUGUUUCUUUGGGUUUUUUUCCCCUUUUCCAACUCCUCAUCAAGUAAAAACUCAAUAUAUAUUCCUUUAUUUGUUUCUCACUACUGAUGGAGAAAAACGAGUGAAGCGACGAUAUCAACGAAUUACCUAAAAUUGACCUUUUUAGGUUUUAAUGCGCGCGUUGUGUUGUGAUUGUAGGAUGGUUCUUGUUCCAGUUGUCUUAAGGAGGUUCGAGGAGGAUUCUAAGGUAUUUUGAUUGAUCCUAAUCUUGUUAUCAGGAAAGAUGGGUAGGUAGUUGGUUAUAUUGCAAUAACAAGAGCAUAUUACACGUCUAGUUUAUAUGGCUUUCGGUCGAAAAUGUCUACUUAACAGGGUAAAACGAAGAAAGACUACGAACUACUUUUAUUUUUUUAAAGACCUUUAAAACUAAGCUUUGGAGAGCUUGUCUCAUUUAAGCUGAAAAUAUAGAAAACUAUACCUGCCAACUUUUUCUGAGAUGUAGGCGUGAGAUUUUUAUCCUGGGAGUGCUGGGAUAUUUGAAAACGACACGAUCAUUUCCGAAGAUUCCCGAAGAAGUCCGAAGUCUUCCGAAGACGUCCGAAAUCUGCCGAAGGCGAAGUUAUCGAGAAAACGCUUAUCCACAAAAUCAGAGAUCGCGAGGAAGGUAUUGUCAUUUAUUCAUUUUACACAUGGUUUUCGUUCCUUACAUGGGUCUGAGUUAACAUAUUUUUGGAAACUGUGUCAAGCAAGACGGCAACAACUCACAUUUUUCAAUCAGGCGUGAGAAAUUGGUCCGCAGGCGUGAGCGGGCGUGAGAUCGAAGUUUUCAACCCGCAGGCGUGAGACUCACGCCUAAGGCGUGAGAGUUGGCAGGUAUAGAAAACAGCUUGUUGCAUGCCGAAAAGGAACGACUUUUUAUCUCUCUCUAGUAUAUGAAUUUUUCUUUACCUGAUAAUACUGACAAGAAUAUUUCCCAGUUUGAAAUGCUUUUUUCUGACUGCAUAAGUCGCAGAUUUUACUAAAUAAUGCAUGCGAUUUAAGGGGGUACAUCUAUUCGUUGUCUCGUAUGUACCAGAUGUUCCACUUUCACGUCUUCUAUAUCCGCUUGUACAGAUACCCUAAAAUGACAAGCUCGCAGUUUAUUGAUAUAACAUAAGUAAUAUGCGAUGCGCACCGCACAUUACCUGAAAGUCAAGUUAAAAAAUUAAAAGCGAAUGAAUUGUUUCCGUUGCAAUGUAAUUUGUGGUUAUACGUCCAGGAUGGAAAGAAACCAUUUACCUGCAUUCCCUAGCACUUGUUGCUAUAACUCUGUAGACCAGUUGGAAUGAGAUUUUGCUUGCUUUAUGGCAGUUAUAACUCUAUUGCUAGAGUAAUGAUUGUUCCUUUGUUCGUGUACUUGGCAGUCUCGUUACAUUAAAUAACAGACGGAUUAUGUUUACUUUAGACAAAGAGGCUAUUUGGACAUCCUAACCUGAUAAUAGUAUCCAAGAACAUUCAUGGAAAAGAUUUGUACGCAUUCAUAGAAAAAAUGUUACCUGAGCCAAUAAGAGAAGAGCAGGAUUCAGCCUCAGUUCCUGCUUUUACUUUGCAUCUAGUAGAGCAACAGGUGAGUGGUGCGUUUAUUCAAGGCGCCCUAGAAGAGCUUCUCAGUAGCACUCAGGGUAUUGUAACAUUCUCCUUACGUUAAUAUGACAUUGAUACUUAAACAAUUUUUGCACACAUAAUUGCAGCCAAAAUAUACAGCAUUUUGUAUAUAUGUAUUUAUUAAAAGAAAGAAUUUGAUUAUUUUUAUGUAGCUAAAGCAAAAUAAAGUUACAGAUGUAGUUACGUCAAUUUUGCAAAAACUGUUAGUAAUCUAUAUUUCAAUGUUUUCACUAUAUUAAGAUAAUCUAUACACUCAUUCAUAGGGACGGCACUGUUCACGCUGUACAAGAAUAACUGGCUGUGGUGGUUGCCAAGUGAAUAAGGAGGCCAUUCUUUCUCUCCAGUCAUGUGACAAUCUAGCGGUGCAACUAACAACCAUUGGUCGCUGGGAGGCAGAAAGGGUGAGGAGAGCAUUAAAACUGGUACCAACGCAUAUCAGCAGCCGGCAUUAUGGUACUGUAAGAAGCACAUAACACAAAUGCAUUCGACAACAGAACGAAUAUUGACCAUCUGUGCACUAUGGUUGUUUUCAUUGCUCUUAAUAUCUUCUCUUGUAUUUAAUUGGUGAAUUUUUAAUUAUUUACUGAUCCAGUAAAUUAGUAGUUCACUGCUGACAAGAACAAAACCAUCUUAUUUUAGGUUGUUGUGUUCUCCUUUUUUCUCUACGAUUAUAAAACGGUCAAUACCCUUCUUCUCUGUGGAGUAUUCAGUGUAUUUUAAAGUCGUAAAUUUUCAGUAUGGGCUGUCACCAAUGAGAACUGGUCAGCAUUAACUUGUUUCACCAAAAUUUUAUUAGAUGAGUCGUUGUACUGAGCACGAAUCAAUUUGGAAACCUCGAAAAAGAGAAGAUCCUCUGAAGCUGGAGCACUGCUUAAAACGGUUUGUAGAAAGGUGAGUCAGUCAUGCAAUCCAACACGGUGGCAAGCGAGGGCGACUUCAUUAUUCAAUUGUUCGUUACGACUCAGUUUCUAUACAUAGUCCUGAGAGAUUUUACUUGGCAUUAUAGCGGAGCCUCUGCUCGAGCGCCAAGCCGCGCUUGCUGUAGAAAACGGAAACCUAUACCGAUGCGAGAAAAUUUGGUUAUGCCGUCAGCGUACACCCGUCCGCCCCGUACGCACUGGCAGGGAGGGACGAGUAGAUUCUGAAGAGGAAGAACGGUGAAUCCAAGACUUGGCGAAACGUUAAUCUUUUCACCUAGAGGAAGCCAAUGGAGUUUUUACAGAAAAGACAUUGAAUUUUUUUUGUUUGACUUACUUCGGAAAAUAUGGUUUUAAGGAUGUGCUUUUAGCUUGGUCGCACUUUCUAAAGAAGCUUACAUAUAACUGUUCCAUUUCGGACCAGAUAGAAAGAAAACAUAGUAAACUUAUGGCGAACACAAACGUGGGCCCGAAUUUUCUUUUAGGUCUUUCCUAUCAGGGAGCUUUGGUAACGACGACGGCAAUGACAACGAGAACGGCAAACGUUUUUUAAGAAAAACAACAACUUUACACGUGUAUCACGUGUUUCUUUGUCUUCAAUGCACGAUUACGACGUGAAAAUGUCUAAUUACACGUUUUAUGGAGGACGUAAACAAGCGACGGCAAAUUUUUCUCUCUCUUCCUAAACUCUAGUGCGGUCCCCAAGAAACCUAUUCCUAGAGAAUCUCCUACGUUUGACAUUUUCAGCGAAUUGCAAUGAAUCCGAGAAGGUUUGAAGAAACGCGAAUUCAUUUUAAAAGUGAAGUUUUCGCUGAUGCUCCAUGACUCUAGAAAUCGUAACCUGUAAAUUGGCUGCCACCAAAGAGUAUUGUCAAUUAAAAAGAUUUUUUGCUAUAAGCAUAAGACUCUUAGCUUAAUGGUGUUUUCAUUUCAGUUGUAUUUGUCGGAUAUUUUCCCUCUCUGUAAAAGAGUAUUCUUUUUAGUAGCUUAAAGUUUAUUAUAUUUAAGUUAAUUGCUUUUAUUUAUAAGUAUAUAAACGGAGGCUUCGCUCAGUUUAGCCCUGGCUUAAUCUAUAUGUUAUGAUAGAUAUCCUAGUUACUAAUAUAUUCAAAGAAAAGAAGAGCCAGCUUAAAAGUACACUCAGGCGUUAUGACUCCCAGCUUAAUGUAAUGGAAUUUUAUUUUCUUUUGUAGCGAGAAAUUACCCGACACCUGGUUUUGUCAAAAGUGCCACGAGGAAAGAAAUGCUUUUAAAGCGCUUUCUAUCUGCAGAUUGCCUGACACUCUUGUAAUUCAUCUUAAAAGGUGAGUUAUUUAAUUAUCUUGACCUACUCUAAAAAACAUGACUGCAAGAUUAGUCAGAAAGAUUAUCGCUGCAGCUGUGUCAGAGAAAGCAUCUUUUUCUUUUCUUUACGAUGAAGUAAUGAAAAGCGGGACUUUACACCUUGACUGAUCAUCUUUUUACUCAAAGUUUACUGGAUCAUUGGCUAAACUAUACAUGUCUUUUGAACAAUAGGUACAGUCAAAAUGGUGUCAAGAUUACCACUCCAGUAGAAUUCCCUCUAGAAGGACUUGACGUGUGUGAAUACACUCAGUUAGAAGAUUGUCCACCGGAACAGUUCCUGUAUGAUCUAAUUGGCUGUGUUUGUCAUCAGGGAAGUAAGUAUCCUACAAAUAAAACGAGACUUUCUACAGUGCCCUUUGAAUGUUAGUUGAAUGAAUGGCGUGAGAGUGUGAGACUGAAUUAGAUACUCGACCAUUGUAUAAAAAGACGUUUGCAAUAAGUACCAAGUACGCAGUAACGCAGGGUAAUUGAUCUAUUUUAGGUUACUCCAGCGGUCAUUACACGUCAUACACCAACACAAAUAAAGUCUGGUACCGAUAUGAUGACUGCCAUGUCACCAAGGUAACGGAAGGAAAUGAAAACUCUCUCUCUAGUUUCUAUGUUCAUCUAAAGUUAUCCUUGAGCUGUCUGUCUUUGGCCAAAAAUUGGUAUUAUCCCCAAGGUUCGCGGCAUUCUUAUGCACCUAUCAAUGUUAUCAAAAGUAGGUUGAGUUUGAUCGUCCGGGUGAACGUAGUCUUGAAUAGGACUGUUAUUGUUGACAGUGACUGACGUUUCGACAAUCUGUGCGGUAGUCAACUUCAGAGUCAAAGUGAGUUGUAUCACGUCAGUUGAUGGUAUUAUACUGUGGUUAUUAAAACCAAUAACAAUAAUAAAUAAUAAUAUAAUAAUAAAGUAAUAUUGAAACCAAUAACAAUAAUAAUAAUCAAUAACCAGAGUAUAAUACCAUCAACUGACGUGAUACAACUCACUUUGACUCUGAAGAUGACUACCGCACGGGUUGUCGAAACGUCAGUCACUGUCAACAAUAACAGUCCUAUUCAGGACUACGUUCACCCGGACGAUCAAACUCAACCUACUUUUGAAAUGACUCCUGGGUUCAAACCUUUCACGGUUUUAUUACUGUUAUGCCGGCAGGGGGGGGAGGGGGGGGAGGCAGGGCAUGGCGUGGGAAUUUGAUUGUCUUUGUUGGCCCUGGGAUGGGGCAUUUGACUGAUCUUGUUCUCCCAGGGGAGGGGAUAUUUGAAUCUUUCUUCGCCCGACGUGGAGAUUUUUGACUGCCGACUCGAACGAAAAAGACUUAGACCGAACAUACGUUUCUCGCUUGCACGCUUCACGCAUGCGCCAUACGGUCUGGAAAUCAUGGAGGCCAACGGGAACAAGCGAAAGCUUAGUGGAUUUCACUGUUUUGUCUUCAAAUUUCGUUUGUUUUAGCGUGUUUUUGAUCAACUGAACCUCAUAAGAUCCUGUGGUAUCAAAGUAAACGGAAAUAAAGAAAAACCAAAUCGAUUAUUGCAAGUACAAUUGAUCAGUGUAUGGCUCAUUUGCUACAAUCGCUGUAUAAAGCUUGUAAAAGUGACUUUCUUUGUACCCUUUACUAACACUGGUGUAUUUAAACUUACAAAAUGUGGACUUUCUCCUGAAAGGUUUCUGUAUUCUACGCAGUGUAACACGGAUUUUGGUUAAAACGUGUAACUGCAGCUGUAACAGGAACAUGUAUCUUUUGGUGAUGCAGCAACGUUUAUAAAUAAAGAUUGUAGAGUUUUAUUUGGAGAUAUUUUCAUUGUGCCUUUCUUGGGUUCUGCCUUGGGAUAUUUGAUAGCUAGCCCGGGGUGGGGAAAUUUGGUUGCAUUUGACUGGAAUGAUUUGCCCGUGGGCAGGGAAUUUGACUGCAAAUUUUUGAAAAAUGUCAAAUCGCCACCCCAUGCCCUGCCUCCCCCCACCUCCCCCCCCCUGCCGGCUGGUCUGAACGUGCAAAGUAAAAUGUGGAGCUCGCGUUAUUUCAAGAAGAUACCUGAGAGUUUGUUUUAUUUCUGUUAAUAUUAUUUUAUUACUGUGUUAAAUCUAGGAGAUGCCCAGUAUCAAUUGUUAUAGCGAAGCAUAUAUACUGUUCUAUCAAAGAAGGUCAUGUAAGUUGCUAAUUAGUGUUGUUAUCAAUAAAUAAACUAGUAAAUUAAUGACUUCUAAGAGCUGAGCUUUCCAUGUUAGAAUUAAGGUGAAUGUACGGCUUAUUGCCUUUACUGUUUAUACCGCAACGUUUUAGAUAAGCUUUGGAAAAUCGUUUUCAAAAUAUCCGCAUUUCAGCUUAGCCUAUCUAAGCGAACUGUAUUUUAACAUGUAAAAUUACUUUCAAAGCUAUUAUAAUAAAGUCGUGCCGGUUCACUUGGAUUAGUUGGCUUGACGUACAUGAGGACUUACGUGGGAAAGACAUACUUUCUCUCAGAAAUCGAAAUCUUGUAUAAACGCAUGCUUUUUAUCUUCUAAAUUGCAACAGAAUCUUGUGGAACCUAUAAUUUCUUGCUUUCUUGCAGUGUUAACCCCUAGCGCAACAGCAAGUACAAGUCCAAGGUAAGAACACGUUUUUUUCUUCUUUAGUGGUAAACUUUUGCUGGCAUUGAACUCAAUUUGACUUUAUCGGUUUGUUGACAACCCUUUGGCGAGACAAACUUUGCUCUUUUCUCUUAAAUUUCCACCACAACUUUCUCUUUUUUAAUUCGAAGGGUGCGAUUGACGCAGUGAUCUUGUUCUAUUAGCAAAGUAUUCAAAAUGAGCAAAAUUCUCGGCGAUCACAACUAAGAAUUCACAUUCACAUAUAGCAGAGCAUAAUCAGGGACAGAGUCCCUCUUGAUUUUUUCAUUUUAAAAUAAUGUAACUAAGGUCGUGUUCUAUUGGAAAAACUCUUUUUUUGGUUGUUUUGGUCGAUCAUUUUUUUCAAUUAGCUUAGAACUUGGUUGAAAUAGUUAAAAACGAUGGGUGUGUCUGCUAUCUGUUAACGAGCAUUGAUUGUGCAUGGACUGUCACAAACUAAGGGCGCUUUCCAAGUCAGAACUGGCCAGCUAGACCGGUGAUAUUAUUGAAAUGAAAUGUUUCGAAAUAAGUCUUUUCUUGAAAGUUUUAUUCAACCCAUCAUUGCCUUGUAUAAACCAUUAACAAAUAAUCUGAUCUGGCUAGAUAGUCUGAUUAAUAUUGGAAUUCUCCUGACGACAGGGCUGGUCUGGCCAGACAGUUCUGACAAUUGGAAAACGCCCUAAGCUUCAUUUUGUACCUUUUAUGAUUUUUACUUUUUACUGCAUUCUAUGGCAUCACAGCUCUUUACUUUCCAGAAACUCAGAAGAAAACGAUCUACCUUUAUUAGAAGAAACCCAACACAACGCAGAUAAAGGAGAUCUUUUACAAAACCUGCAACAGUCUGCUACUAACGCAAACGUAAACAAUCCUGAUUUUAUUUUCUUUCUGUCAUCGCUUCUUCAAAUACCUUACUAGUAUACCAUGCAAAUGUUCACUUUUCGAUUUUUUCUUUGUAUCAAUAGUACUUCAUAAGGGCGCUUUAUCUUAUCUUGAUAGGCAACUAUGGAGGAAAUUAAAGAAGAACCAGCGCAAGAGUUCACCAAUGUUCAAUCCUCAAACAACAAAGUAAACUUCAUACUUUUUUUAGUGCUUUUAAUAAUGGUGAAUAAAGGCUCAAUGGUAACCGAUUUCUUCGCUUUGUUUUAGAUUGCACUAAACUUCCUUCGAACGGCGGCCUUCUGA